GACAAAUAGAAUGGACAACACAUUAUAUUAGCGUACUGAGUGUGAUACAGUCGUUAGGAUUAGUAAAUCCGGUCGAAAUGGAAGAAAUACCAUAUCACCCGUUGAUAACGGUGACCCCAGAGUCUGUGAAGAAAGUGCGACAAAUGUGCGAAAUUGAUGAUGUACAGAAGAUCAAGGACUGCUUGGACAUCAUUGAAGAAUGGAUUAGCAAACAGGAUCAUCUUGUGGAAGCCAGCAAAUAUAUAACAAGGAAUCUUCUAGAACGAGUGUUCCUGAUAGCAAAGGGUUCCACAGAAGGCACAAAGCGAAGAAUUGAAAGGCUGCUGACAUCACGAGGGAUGAUGCCAGAACUCUGCAUGAACAGGACUGUUGAAGAAUUUGAAACACAAUGGGAUGUUGUACACUACGUUCCCCUACCGAAGCUGCAUCCAGUAGACCAGUCGAGGGUAAUGGUGACCCAGUUCCUCACGGAGAAACUGGAUCCUUUCAACAUUCUGUCAUACUUCAGAUAUUGUUUUUUGAUCGGAGAGUACAGAAUCAACUAUGACUACACACCCUCAGAGCGUUUCGUGAUUGAUCUCACAAACAUACACUUUGGUCUACUCGGUAAAUUGAACCCUAUUACUAUCAAGAAAUCUGAAGUUUUAUGUACUGAAGGUAUCGGAACAAAAAUCAAGGGUAUCCACAUACUGAACGCACCUCCCUUUAUUGAUAAGCUGGUUUUCAUCCUCAAACAAGCCUUGAGAGAGAAGGUAGCCAACAGGGUUCACGUCCACAAUUCUUAUGAAGACCUUCAAAAGCACAUUCCAAAGGAAAUCUUGCCUAAGGACUAUGGUGGCGAUGACCAGUCUGUGGCAAAGCUGAGUGAACGAUGGAAGGAGACCCUGCGAACACCGGAAGCAAGACAAUUAAUAAAAGAUGCAGAAAAAAUGGUCAGUGAUGAAUCAAAACGACAGACUGCCAAAUUCAAUGAGGAAUACAUGGGGAUGCCUGGAUCAUUCAGAAAAUUAACAGUAGAUUAAGUUCCUAGUUCUAAUAUUCUAGUAUAUUAUUACACAUACCUUUGUGUUUUUGGAGAAUGGAAAAAGAAUUUAUAAGGUUAUAGGUAGACUGUUCCAAAAAAAGCGCGAAGAUUCAUUUGAUGUGAUCAUCAUCAUCAACCUGUAUUCGUCCACUGCUGGACAUAGGCCUCUCCAAUGGCACGCCACUGAGCUCGGUCUUCAGCUCUUCUCAUCUAACUACUACCAGCCACCUUGCAGUUGUCGUCACUCCACCUAGCUGGAGCGGGCCCUACACAGCGUUUGCCUUGACGCGGUCUCCACUCUAGAACACGUUUACCUCAACGGUUAUCGGUUCUUCGACAAAUGUGACCGGCCCACUGCCACU